AUGGCGAACGUCGAUCUCAAGAUCGUGCUGCUCGGGGCGCAGAACGUGGGCAAGAGCUGCCUCGUGGACCGCUACGUCAACUCGGCCUUCGACGAGAAGCAGAAGAACACCAUCGGAGCCGCGUUUGCCGCCAAGCGCGUGCAGACGAGCCGCGGGCAGGUCACGGUGGGGCUGUGGGACACGGCGGGCGCGGAGCGCUUCGAGUCGCUGAGCCGCGUGUACUACCACGGCGCGAAGGGCGCGAUCGUGUGCUACGACGCGACCAGCCCCUUCACGUGGAAGAAGCUGCGCUUUUGGAUGGGCGAGCUGCAGGAGUCCGAGCCGACGUGCAGCGUCUUCAUCGUGGUCACGAAGUGCGACCUCUGGCUCGACGGCGCGGGGUCCUCGCCGGCGCACUCCGGCUCGGAGGCGAGCGGCCCGACGGUGGGCGCGCCGGGCACGGGCGGGCUGCUUCCGCGGGAGGUGCCGGAGGAGGAGGUGCGCGAGUACGCGGAGAGCGUGGGCGCGCGGGUGUUCUACACGUCGUCGCGGACGGGGUUCGGCGUGCGGGAGAUGUUCGAGGCCAUCGCGGAGGACCUGGCGACGCACAAGCUGCCGCAGCGCGCGUCCGAGGACGUGGCGCGCGUGCGGCUGACGGACGCGCGGCCGGCGGGCGACGGCGAGCAGGCGGGGGCCUCGCGCGCCGCGCACCGCGCCGGGUGCUGCUCGUAG